AUGGAAUACCGACCGGACUAUAGCCACGAUCCCUUUGAAAGUGAAAGGACGCACUACCCUGGCGGUGAGUGGUACGGUGUGGACUCACAUCAGAAGCAUACCUGUGUAUAUCGCGGGGACUAAGUGCUGAUACCAUGACUCGCUCGCUGCACACAGAUCCUCGGCCUCUCAAGCGACGUCUUUCGCCAGUCCAUCCUUUUUCGGGAGCUGAUACACACACUGCGGCGGCUCGCGGUCACUCUCCUUGGGGCCAGGAAGGCGGUUGGGGCCAGGAAGGCGGCGAAGAGGUUGUGAAUGGCUUCCGAAUCGACCCAACACGCAAAGAUCCAGAAUAUCUUGACUGGAUAGACCGCCAGCGCGCCAAAGAAAGAGCUGCCGCAGCAGCGAGCCCUUACGACCGCUACCCGCUGCGUGGAGAUGACAGAGAAAGACUGGACUGGGAGCGUGAAAGAGAUACACGAGAGUGGGAGCGGACGCGGGAUCUCUACGAUGACCAGUAUCGCUUCGAUCCGAGGAUAGGCGGGGAUGGCGAACGGUAUGCGCCGAAAGCGCGUGUGGAUGAUGAAUGGGACCGGACUUCGCGCUUUCAUGGUGAGUGCUGGUGCUCGUCACAGCACGAGCAAAGGCCUGAUUUGUCCGAGCGCUCAGCCUCGACAACUUGCGCGUCAUCUACAGACCCCUACGCUGCAGGGUAUGGGGGUCGUGGUCCAGCUGCCGGAAGCGGCCCUCGUGAGCCGGUGUGAGUGCCCGACGAGCUUUGGCGAGAACUCGACAGCGCUAAUUUGUAAGGUUUCUGUGAUGUGCCACUUCCCCGCAGCCGCUUCGACCCCUUCGCGUUCGACUACCUGCUGCCCUUUAAGCGCUUUGCGCAGAUGUUGCGGGAAGCAGCAGACCCAAUCGCUGCCUCUAACACGCCGCAGGCCAGUGCAGAGCUUUACGAGAAGUACCAAAAGUAUCGAACGGACUUUCAGCGCAAAGCAAUGCAACGCUUCUUCAAGGAGCAUAACAAGGACUUCUGGUUUGAAGAGAGAUACGGACUCGCCGUCGCUGAUGUGCAACGUCGACUGGAUCGAAGGAGGAAGGGCAGAGAGGGUCGCAAAGAAAGGUGGUUGGGAGAACUUCGGGGCGGGUCGCUAGACAAGGUGGAUUUCGAGCUUAAGCGUGAGUGUCGAGGCUUAACGACGUACUAUAAUGUACGAUGGCUCACUCGAUCAUGUCCUCUGCUACAAGCCGCGUCUUCGCGCGCCCUUGAGGGCAUCCCAGGUACUCUCGAGGAGAACGAAAAGAAGGGUUGGCUCAUGUCGACUUCGCGCUCGGGGCAAGAGGAGGUGCUGCUCGAUACGGAGCAGGCAAGCACACCUGCGCAACCAAAUGAGGUGCUGCUACGUCUCAUUCCACACGACUUGCCGAGGACACUGCUGGAAGAGGUGCUACAGGAACAAGUCGGCUUCAGGUACUUGGCGGUAGGGGAACCGCAUCCAGGCAAAAAGUGGGGCAGGAUGGGCUGGGCAGUGUUUGAGCCGGAGGCUGACCUUCACGCGAUCACCGAAGCUCUCAAUGCAAAGACAGUGAGUCGCGUUGCCCAGACGCUUUGCACGCUGCGUGCAGCGUAGUUGAUCCUCGUUGCUGGCCCGACCUUACCCUACUCCCCUGGCUUAGAUCAACGGCAUCAAACUCGCCUUCGAGACCACGGAUCGUGCCCCACACGCUCGGUUGCGCAUCGCGCCUGCUCAAGCUUCCAGUCUAGCUCGGCUGGCGCACGAUCUUCGGCAAGCUCGAGAGCUCGUCAGCUUCUUGCAAAAGCAGGAUCGAGAGCUUGGAAGGCGUCACGCUGAGGAUGCGGAAGAUCAGGCUACCGGCGCAGCGCAAGAAUGGCUCGAUACUGAUGCUUCAGUCGAGAUCGACGCGCGAUGCGAGGCAAUUGGCAAAGGGCUUCAAGGACGCAGUGCGCCCGACAUCCAGGAAGAUGCCAAAGCCCAGGAGGUUCAUGAUGACGAAGAGGCUUCCAAGCCUCUACGCGAUGCUGUGAGUCAACGCAACUCCCGGCUCGCAAGUUGCCUAGGCUCACCCUAGAGCGUUCGCGUCGACGCCUGCUAGCUGUGCAAACACCUUGAUCUGCACCUAGAUCUCCUCCGUCAGGUGUACCAUUGUGAUUACUACGCAAGCAUCAUUUGCGACUUUGCCGAAGAGCUCGUGAGGCGAUCACCCAAACAUUUGCGCAGAGCACGCGCGGUCUCCACGCAGGCGGAGAAAGGCUGGGGCGAGGCACUGGAUUCGAGACAUUGGCUGCUCGUCAACUCAGACAAGGCGAAUCUGGAGUCCUAUGGUGGCCAUGAUGUGCCGGAGUGAGUGCCGCGAUUGCGAUACGCCCGAUUCCGCAUUUCAGCAGACUAAGAUUUCACACAUGUCCACGCUUGCAACGUCCCGCGUAUGAUCAGAGAGCUCUUGAAGCUGGCAGCACCUUACUCGCAGCAAGAUGAAGGCGAGAAGCACCGUUGCGUCGUACCCAUCACGGGCCCGGACGGCGGCACUCAGCAGUGUAGCAAACCUUUCAAGGCAGCCAACUUUGUGCGCAAGCACGUGGUCAACAAGCACAGAGCAUUCCUCGACGAUGUUGCCGGCGAGAAGAUAAAAGAAGUGCGUAGCAUCAAGUUUCGCCUCACGACAGCAGAGACUCGGUAAAUGUCACGAGCCGCGCACUGACAAACGCUUUGCUUCUGGCUUCAUCACAGAUGGAAGCCUUCAAUUCGUACGUCGGAGAUCCUGGCCGGGUAAUGCCGGCACUCCAAGCCCGAGACGAUCGCGGGCGGACCGGCCGUGGGCAUGUGAGGGGUGAUCUAGGAGGAUCAGGUCAACUCGCGCAGCGGCUCGGAGGCAUUUUGGGCGGUUUUGAGGAUUCAUUCCCAUCCCACGCCCCAGCCGGCAUCCAUGGUGGGCCGCUCAUCCGCCUGGGCGGCAGCACAAUGGCCUCUGCAGAUGUUGGCGGACGUGCGAUUCGCGGCUUUCCGAGAAGAUCAGAGUCUUACGUAGACGAACGGUACGCCAAUGGUGCAUUGGCGUUCUCGAAUGGCGGUGUAGGAGAUCUGAGCUCUAGGCUUGGCCCUCCUAUGCCUCAGCAAUCGAAGCCGAAUAGCAGCCCUCCCACCGGCACCUUUCCAGCGCCGCUACCUCCCGCCCCCAAGCCUCUCGAUCCCAGGGCCCGCAGAGCUCCGAACAAGUACGAAGACUUAGACAGCGCUCCCGGCGGGGCUGCGGAAGAGGCCGGCGAGUUGAUUUUGGAGUAUUGA